AUGGAAGCACACUUUCUAUUGUCAGUCGCCAGGACAGACAGACGAGGCAGUGGUGGUCUCCAUAAAAGCACCCGCAUCAGGACCCCCCAGGUCAGGCAGAAUGCCAUCUGUGAACUCGUUCACGUGGCCAGACAGCCACCCUCUCCUACUUGCCCCUCUGCCCCUUAUUUGCUCUCGGCACACUCGUGCACGCCCAUUAAGGUACCCUUAGACAAAUCGGCUCUCACCCUCAUUCACACGUACUUUGCUGUAUCACACACACACACACACACCAUCAUUGUCGCUCUUCCAUCAGGUUUGUCUGCACUCCCCGGCCCCUCACCUCUCAGUGAGACAACAUCUUGCAGGCUGCACGACUUGUGGUCACUGCUAUCAAGAUCCUCAAGAAUAUAA